GCCUACACUGGACUUAACGGAUUUAAGACAUUGGAGGGGAAAGUACUAGGUAGAUGUUAAAUUGAUGAACACAAAUCGUACAUUGAGAAAACGUUAGUGUGAGUACGAUGUUAUAUUUUCUGCAACAUACCUUGUAAUGACAGUGUCCAUAUUUAUCAUAUUGGUAAGUCUUAUUUUCCUAUUAAUUUUAUUUAUUACACUUAUAAUAGAUUAAAUUAUAUUUUUGUUUUAUUUAUCAUCCGAUAUUAUUAUGAUAAAAAAUAAUUCAAAAAUAUAUUUGAAUUAUUUUGACGAUCGAACAGUAAUUUUGUCUUAUCCUCUGAAUUAUUUUUCAAAUUAAGUUCCAUGUUUGUUUUUUAAAAGAUUAUUUUCUCUCGUCAUUAGUAGGCACCUAUUGAUUUAGAUAUUUUUUUUAUUUAAACAAAUUUUUGGAAAUAAAUUUUAUUUAAAGAAAUGUUUAUACCUAAUGUAAAAUAAUAAUAAAAUAUUACCUAUUUCUUUACCUGUGAUCGUUGCUAAAACAAAUUGUGAUACCUUUUUAAUUAUUUUAAUUAAUCUGUGACUAUGUGUAGAUUGUCUAUAUUGUACUAUUAAUUUAAAGUUAAUUCGUUUAAUUUAUUUAUGAUACAAAAUAUAAAAAAUAUUCACCGUUAGGCUAGAUUUAUAGACAUAUUUACAAUUUAUGUAUAUUUAUUCUAAAUUACUAGAUUAAAUACCUAGGUUAUAAGUAACAUAAAUAUUAUUUACAUGAUGUAUAUUGUAGAAUAUGUUGAUUCACAUAUUUUUUUUAUAUAGGUACAUAUGUAUAUUUUAACAUAUUUUGUUCAAAAUAAUUUUCGAUGAAAGUGAUUAUGAUGUGUUACUAUAUCAAAUUUUUAAUCACAUGGUUGGGAAAUGAAAGGAAGCUACAAAAUUAUUUUCAACUUUAGAAGCUUAUACAUCAUAAAAUAUUCGUAUGUCUUUUGUAUAAAAAUAAACAAAUAACAAAUGUCAAUUAAAACCGUUAAUUUAUUUAGACCUUUCAAAUGAUAUUCCAUUAGUUAGGUUAGGAUAGGUUAGAUGCACGAACAAUUAAUUGUUUGUUCUUCAGUCUUAUGUACUUAUAGAAAACUAACCUUCAUUUUAGAUUCCGAUCGUAGUGAGGGAGCUAUUGGUUUUACAAUGUUGUUUAUUUUUUUCCCUUCUUUUCUUUGUUCUUUGUUCUAGACCGUAAACACGAUUUUUACGUGUAGUAACUUUUCUGAAUGCUCAAGUUGUCUAGAUUGUACUUUAAAGAGAGCAUUUUUUAAUUUCCGAUGCUAUUUUUUAAAUAAAAUCACUUAAAUAAAAAAAAAAAACCUAGAAAAACGUACAGUUUCAUGGUUUCAUUAUUCUAUAAAAACACAGACGACGUUUUCUACCAGAAAAAAUGAUUUAACUGAAAAAUCACAAGAUACCGUUUUGAUUUAAUUUCUCGCGGUAUCAUCACCAAAACUUUUGAGUCACUAAGGGCUUUUAAGGAAUUUAAACUUUUGGCAGUCUUUUUGCUGACAUUCGGUUAUAAACACACAUAGAGACUUGAAACUUGGAAAUAAUACUUAUAUUAGAUUUGCUAUGACGUGGUAAAAUUUUUUUAAAUCAAAUUUAAACGAAAAUCGCAAAAAAAAUUACCGCACUUCUAAUUAUGUAUUAACGAACUGCGCUUGGAAUCGUCUUUCGUCAAGAAAUGGUUUACCGUUGUUUACAGAUAUAAAUGAAUUAACCUUAUUUAUUCUACCUCUUGUAUACUUUCAUGGAAUGAACCAGAGAUAGUUACAUAAAGCCUUAACGUCUAAAUAAAAUUAUAAGUAUUUCGGUUAAUGAAUCCUAAGGUUUUUAAUGCUUUACAGCAAAUGAAGUCAAUAUAUGUUUGGAAAAUGAUAAAUUAUAUGAAAAAAAUAUCACAUAAAUCAUUAACAGACUGGACUUUAUUAGUACGAAAAAUGUAUAGGAUAAUGAGUUUUGAAGAAAGAAAUGAAAAUCUUGCUCCGAUAUAUAUGCGCGGCACCAUUUCUGAAAGGAAAUAUUGUCUAGAUUUGUCGUGGUACUUUUAGGAGGUCAUUUUUGAUUUUCCUAGCGGUUUUCAUAAUAUGUGGAAAAAACCAGGAUAAAACAUAAGAAAAACGGGAAAUGUAAAAAAUUAAUGCUUUUAUUAUUUUACUGUUUGUUGUAAUUCAGCUAAAAAUAUUUGUAGAGAUUUGAAAUUUGGACAAAAAACUUAAACCAUUUUUGAGCUAUUUAUAGACAUUUUAGUUUUGCGAGUUUUGAACGUAAUUUUUAUUCGAUAGAUAUUUUGUGGUAAAAUUGCAAAACUUCACAAAACUACUUGAAAAUUUAACGAGAGGUUCAUUAAGUCUUACUUUGUGGUAAAAAAAAAAAUUGAGUUUAAUGUAGUAUUUGUAUUUACAAAGGAAUUUUGGUAUUCAAUUUUUACGAAAAUUGUUUGAAUAAAAAAUUAUGUGGAACAAAUCUAAUUUUUCAAUAUUUUUUUUUGAACAUAUAUGUAUUUCCGAUUUAAGAAGGAUGGUGAAGUCAGAAUUGAGCGGAAUGACUAAGUUUCGAAAUUAUAGCUUUUUGAAGUUCAGAUAUUAAGCAGAUAUUACAUGUUUAUGUUAAAUAAUUCUAUAUUGUUUGUUUUACUAUACGUUUGUUGUAGUCGAAUGGUCGUAAGUACGUAUUGUCAUACUACAAACAAAUCCGGGUUUUGAAAAGAAAUUGUUUACACUUUUUUUACCCUUUUACCUAAAUAGAAGAAAAACAAUAACAGUUUUAAGUGUACCUAGAGCUAUCGCUCGCUCGGACGAUUUUAAUCGAAAAAUACCCCUCGAUUUGUUGUGCAAACUUUUCUACCAAAAAUCUUGCUCCCAUGUAUCAAGUGUAGCUUAUUUUCUAAAAGGAAAUUUUAUCUCCAUGGUUUAGGGAGGUCAUUUUUGUGAUUUUUCAAUAGGUUUUAAUAAUAACUGGGAAAAACGAAAAAUGUACGAAAUGUAGGUAUGAGUAAAAAAAUAUGAUAGCCUUUUUUUUUCUGGGUACAACUUUUCUACCAGCAAUUUUGCUCAGAUUUACAAUGAAAGCACAGUUUCUGAAAGUAAACCUGACUGUAAAGGUACUUUAGGGGGUUCAUUUUUCGAUUUUUCUAAGAGUUUUCUUAGCAAAUGUUAUAAUCCGGGAAAAACACGGGAAUACCGGGAAAAAUGGGAAAAUCGGUAUAGUAUUAAACAAAUAUUGUUAAAGAAAAUAUAUAAUGCCUAUUUAAUUAUUUUACUAUAAAAUGACGUAUAUUGUUGACAAAGCAUCAUUAUCAACUGAACUCCGAUCAGAAUCGUUUUUUCGUUAGCAAUGGCUUAUCGUUGCUUACAGAUACACAGAUAUAUUAAAUUACCUAUGACAGGGGCUGCUCCCGUCUCCAUUAUCCUAGGACGUCUUUUUUUUUUGUUUGUAACUAAACAAAUUUUCUACGAGAAAUCUUGCUCUGAUAUAUAGAGUAUAAUAAGCGCAGCACAUCAAAAAUAUCUGCGAGUGAAUAACCAUUGUUAUUUAAAUUAACUAAAUCGAAAGAAGAUGUGUUAUCAGGAUGGUUAGGAGGGUUAAAUGGAACAUUAACCCAUUUGAAGAACAAAAAUUAGAAAUGUCUUGGUCAUCAUCAACAGAUACACCUAUUAUUUAGCGUCAUUAUAUUUGGAAUGUAAUUUUUUUCCUUCCUAGAUUUGAUGAAAUCCCAAAAUUGCAUUGGAUUAUCCACUAAUGAUAAUUGUGUUCGGGAAAGGUAGUUUGAAUUGUAUUUUGUACAAAACAUCUACGUAUACAGGCCUCGAAAAUAUUAUUUGUGUUCAAACUCUAUAAUUUCAACCUAAAUACCACAAUUUCCAAGUAAUGUAAUUUCACUACGUUGCCCGUGAGCUAGACAAUAAAUGCGGAUGUGGCGUCCUCUUAAUAUUUGAUAUCUAAUACAUUAUGUAGGUACUAUAAUGUAUAUUACAUAUCAUUGUAACUUGAAAUUUUGAGUGUUUGCAAAAAAUUUGUUAUUUUAUCUAUUUAUUACAAAUAAAAUAAAAUUUUAAUAAAUCGUGAUUUUUUUUUUCAGAACCGAUUAUGUAUGUGACGUGAAUCCGUUGUAGCUAUGCCAGACACCAGCAACUGCUCGAUGAAUAGUCGCGAUGACGCGUAUACGUGUUCACUGGGAAGUGACGAUUUCAUUCUAGUCGAAGAAGUUGUUUCUGGUCAGAAAAUAAACACGGUUGAAACGAUACAGGAAAUCUGUCCAUGGCUGAUCGAAAAGUUGCGCGGAGCGUUUACCGUGAAGAAUGCGAAACGCAAGCUACCCAUAUUGAGGUGGUUGCCGCGUUACACGGUCGAGGACGGGCUGGGCGACAUAAUGGCCGGUGUAACUGUCGGUCUGACGGUCAUACCGCAAUCGAUGGCGUACGCAGGACUGGCCGGUCUCCCGCCAGAACAGGGACUGUACAGUUCGUUUUUGGGCUCGUUGAUUUACACAUUUGUCGGCAGCUGCAAAGACGUGCCCGUCGGACCGACGGCCAUCGUGUCGCUGAUGACGUACAGCGAGCUGUACCGCCAGGGACCGGGCUACGCCACUCUGCUGUGUUUCCUGACCGGCGUCAUACAGCUGGCCGUGGGCCUCUGCGGCCUCGGCAUAAUCAUCGAUUUCGUGUCCGGCCCCGUGUCAUCCGGGUUCACGUCCGCCGUAGCGCUGUUGAUCAUCACGUCGCAAAUAAAAGACCUGAUCGGCGUCCACGGAUCCGGGUCCAGUCUCUGGGAAAUGUUGCUUUCACUAUACCGGGAUGCAGACAAAAUUAGUGUCGGAGACACGGCCAUCGGCGUCGGGUGCAUUAUACUGCUGUUGACAUUGAGAAUCUUGGCCGAAAUCCGAAUCGGCCCGGCGGACCCCGGACAACAGACCACCGUUCAAAAGUAUAUGAACAAAAGCAUGUGGUUCGUAGGAACGAUUAGAAAUUCGAUAAUCGUCAUCAGUUGUACCGUGGCGAGUUACGUGUACAUCAAUUCGCGAACCGCCGAGUCUGUCGAACAAAUACCGUACAAGAUCAUCGGCAAAGUACCGGCGGGCCUUCCGGCCUUUGAUCCGCCGCCGUUCUCGAUGCACCGAGGCAACGAGACCGUCGGUUUUUUCGAAAUAGUGUCGCAAAUGAGGUCGCACGUAAUCGUUUUGCCACUGAUCGGACUGCUCGAAAAUAUAUCCAUUUGUAAGGCGUUCGCAAACGGCAAUACCGUCGACUCGAAACAGGAACUGUUCGCUAUCGGCCUGUGCAACAUUGGCAAUUCGUUUGUGCACGGUUUCCCGGGUUCCGGCUCGUUCAGCAGGAGUGCCGUGAACAAUGCCAGCGGAGUACGCACCCCGUUGGGUGGAACGUACACGUCCGUCUUGGUGAUCGUGGCCUUGCUAUUUUUGACGCCACAUUUUUAUUACAUACCCAAAACAUGUUUGGCCGCGGUCAUCAUAACGGCCGUGGUAUUCAUGGUCGAGCUGAGAGUAGUCAAACCGAUUUACCGUUCGAAGAAGAGCGACCUGAUCCCAGGUUUGUUCACGUUUUUCGCUUGCCUGGUUUUGCCCCUGGAGAUUGGUGUUUUGUUCGGCAUCGGUCUGAACCUAAUGUCGAUUUUGUAUCACGCAGCCAGACCCAAAAUAUCCAUUAAAGAAUGUAAGACCCGCACAGGUUAUAAGUACCUGAUGCUCACUCCGGACAGAUGUUUAGUGUUCCCAUCCGCGGAUUACGUCCGUAACUUAGUCACCAAACACAGUCUCAAACGGGACAUGCCGGUGGUUAUCGACUGUUCCCAUGUGUACGGUGCCGAUUUCACUGCCGCCAAAGUCAUAGAAAUGCUUUCCAUAGAUUUCGCCAACAGAAAACAGGCGUUAUUUUUUUACAACCUCAAGCCCACCGUGGUUGAAGUAUUCAAAGGUGUCAAACCAAAAGAGUUGAUUUUUUACUACAAGAAAAAAGAAUUAGACAGAUUAUUACAAAACGCGAGUGAAGAAGUUGCAGGGGGCACCACAACAUUAUUAGAGCCAUUACUGAAAAAAUAGUGAAUAAAUUAAGUUCAACAGUGCUUAAGUGUAACACGUUAAAACAAAGUAGUUACCUAUGUUUAAUCAUAUUGAUCCGUAUAACGAUUUGCUGUAAAUAAGUUUUAUAUCUUUUUAUAUUAUUUAGUAGAUAAACACCAGUUGUAUGUUUUAACAAACACUAGUUUUUAACUAGUGCACACUAAUUUUUCUUCACUUAUUCAACCCUAAAAAUCCAAUAGUUUACUAAAUUUUUAGUGAAUAUUUACCUAUUUUCAAAUCAAAUAUUUGCCUUUAAUUUUUCAUUACAAGUUCUAAAAUGUUAACUUUUGUAUCCACUUAUUGAAAAUAGAUUUUAGAUAAUCGACAUUAUUUAUAAAUGUAUAUAUUGUUCCAAAUCGCAUCAUAUUAAAAAAAUUAGACUUCUCAAAUUAAUACAAUUUUAGCAAAUCCAGUCCAAACUCUUUCCAAGUAUUUUUAUAUUUACUUUUUUUUACACGGAAAUACCAGUUUUAUUUUAGAUAGUACCUAUAAUUUUUUUUUGGUGUAAUUUAAAAAUAUUGGAUACAAUUAUUUUAUUUUUAAACACAAUAUUACUCCUAAUUUAGUAAAAUCAUUAAUCUUACAUGCUUACGUUUUAAUUUAUUAAACAAUGUGGAAAACAAAAUAUGUAUUCAUUGUCAUAGUUUACAGAAUUCAGAUCAUAAUAGUUGAAAUAAAGUUUGAUCCAGUGGUUCCAAUGUCCCAUUUACAUGAAUUUUCUCAAGUUAUAACCGUGUUAUACUAUUUGGUUUGUUUUCAUAUAGAUUGUGAGCAAACUUCUUAGUAAAAAACUAAAUUAAAUUUCAUACACUGCUUGACACUUAAAUAUUUAUUUUGAAUGCAACAAUUAUUUCUUGUACAAUUGACAAAGCUAAUAUUAAUAAAAAUGUAUAAGCUUAAAAUAUAAAUAAAUAUAAAUAAAUAUAAAUAUUGACUAGAUAAAAUGUAAUUUUUUUUUUAAUAUGCCUAGUUUAUAAUGCGAGUGACUAGUACUAAUAACAAGUACUAUGCAUUGUGUAAACUAGGCAAUAAAAAAAAAGAAAAAAUAAUUUCAAUAAUUCAUUUACAAGAAAAGUUUUUUCAACAUUAUACAAACAAUAUAAAUCAUAAACUUUAGCUUAAUAUAUCAAAAAAAAAUAUUUAUAUAUAUUAAGACAUACGUAUUGGAUAAUAUUGAAUUUUUAUAUAAAAUUCACAUAUCCUUUAUAAUUUUAACAAGGAUUUACUACUAAUUAGGUUCAACAAAUUGUAUGUAUUAACCAUACAAAUAAUAAAUUAAUGAUAUUAUCUUUAAAGAUAAUAAUAUUAUAAGAAAAAAAUACUUUUAAAAAUUAAAGACACAUUAAACACACAAUUAGAAAUCAGCCAACAUUUAAAACCCAAAUAAUAUAUUCCCUAUACUUUUCCUUGAAUGGUUAUUAAUUUUAUUGAUUGAUGUAUAUACUGAAAAAAAAACUAAAUUUAUUAAAUACAAAUGUAGUGGGGAUUAUAAUUAUGUAUAAUUUAAAAAUGUAAUUUACAAUAUAUCUUUUAAUGUACAAUUUGAACAAUUGUGUGAAAUAGUCUUUCUAUUUCCCUUUCAUUAAUUUCAAAAUUUGUUCAACAUAUUUAGUCCUUAAUAAUUGUUGGUACAUUAUUAAGAGGUCUUUGAAAGUUAAAAUAACUUAUUCUUUCUUCUCGUGAUAUGAAUCUAAAAAAAAAAAACUUUGUUAAAUUUGUAAUGGUAUAUUAAAACUGUUUCAUAUAAUAAAGUAACACUACCUUAAUAUAAUACAAAUUAUAAUAUUAUGUUUUAAAAAAA